ACCGCUCAUUCAUUUAGCAUUGUCCAUCACAUUCACACUGUAGGCUCACUUCUAAAACCCUAAAUCGUAUUCACUUCUCAUAACGCCCAAAGAUUUUAAACUCUAGACCCUCAACAGAGAGCUUCCGAUAAGGAGGAUCUUAGUUUCCCCCUCACCAAGGUCCAAUGGCUGCCAACAAUAAUCCGCCGUCGGGCUUGGAGAAAGAACAGAUCUUUGGAAUGGCGGAAAAGGAGAUGGAGUAUAGGGUCGAGUUGUUCAACAAGCUCACACACACAUGUUUUAAUAAGUGCGUGGAGAAAAGGUACAAGGAGUCUGAACUAAAUAUGGGCGAAAAUAGUUGCAUUGAUCGCUGUGUUUCAAAAUAUUGGCAAGUGACUAAUCUAAUUGGCCAGCUACUCGGUUCUGGUCGGCCUCCAAUGUGAAAUUAAGGCUGCUCUCAUCUGAAAGCCGUUCUGCAUUUGUUACAUGUUAACUUGGCUGGCUAUGAAAGAAGGUGGACGCUAAAAUUAUUUUCUUUUGUCUCUUUGUUUGUUCCCAACAAUUAUGAGGUGAUAUCCAUUUUGUCGUUUGAGAGGGGAAAAAAGGCAGCAUUUUGAAUUUAUGCUGCCCCCUAGUUGCAAGUCUGAAAAAGUAUAUGCUUUUCUUAAUGAGAGAGCAUUUUUUACCAGUUCAAAUCUGGUUCUUGGCACAUGAUUAAUUUGUGCGAGCAUCCUUGAUACAAAUAAAUGGAUACGGGCAGACAUUCAUAGUUUAUAGUA